ACCCGUCUACAUGUGAAGGGAUGCCACAAAGGAUGAACCCGCAGGUCCACAUCCCUCCCCAAAAACAACCUUCUUUUACAUCCGAAUGAUAUGGCUAUUGAACCGACAUGCGUCUAAUCAGCUUGUAAUAUAUCCCCCUCUCUCCCUCUUUGCCUGUCUCCCACCACCAUCGCUGCCAAAUUGGGAGCCUGUCUCUAUGACAACGUAGUUACAGGCGGGGUUUGCCAGCUGGAGGCUGAGUCAAUCCGUCCUCAGUUGGCAUCAUCGCUCGGAACCUCCACACUGCAUCACGCCCUGAGUGGAAUGGAAGAAAACGACAAGAAAGAAAAUGGGGAGUACACCGGAGAGAUAAAGGGUGGGAUGCGGCCUUCAAUGAAACUGGUUGUUAUGGGAAUUAUUAACAAAAAACCCAAUAGCAUGGAGGUGGUUCUGUCCAGUGAGCCUCAGGAGGAGGACUCAGAGGGCGACGUGGGACUUCAGUUGAAGGUCAGCUUCAUGGAUAAGGCCGUCCAACGCAACGCCCGCAUGGCUGGAAAGUGGGGAAGACCUGAAACUACCCUCUCUUAUUUUCCUUUUGCACCUGGAGAAUCCUUCAAGAUGGAGAUAGUUUGUGAGCACCAACAGUUUCGAAUCUUGGUGGAUGGACAGCCUCUGUGUGGGUUCAGCCACCGUGUCCUCCGGCUCGCCUCCCUCACCGCCUUACGAGUCUGUGGAGACCUACAGCUCACCAAGGUGGCCUAGCCCAAACAAGAACAACGUGAAGAUGUUUGGGGACAGUAUACAAUACAUACGGUUAACAUAGAGCUCCCUUUUUGAGUAAAAAAAAGAAAAAGAAAAAAUGAACCCAUGAUGGGGAUGAAACAAAGUUACACCUGCCUUGUAAUCACGUGUUAAGACAAAGUGCCUUCACUAGAUUACCUGUUUGGGGACUUGAAGAAAACGACUGAAUGUCAACGUCUUAAAUCAACCGAGGAAUGUGAUUUGAACUGAAAGCAAAUGUGGUCUAAGCUAUGAAAGGACAAGUCUAACACUUGUCCUUCCUAAUGAACAUUUGUACAAACGUGAUGUGUCACUGCUACACAAAAAGAGUGCUGCAGCCGUCUUUGUGCAUUCAGAUCUCAGACGUUAGUCUUUGAUUUCUCUGGAGUUAACCUUUGAAAGCACUUACGUUUUCGAGCGCCAGCACGAAGAUGAAUGUUUCCGAACUGAUUGUCAUUCUGUGCCCGACUAAGUACUGUAAUAAUGUAAAACACUUCACGUAGCCUACAUUAGUGCAUGCCAGUAUUACACACACUAUGUUUCAUUCCUCUCACUUUGCUUCCAGAUUAAACUGGAGGGAUUAAAGGUUAUGUCACACCUUCAGUUAUUUAAUCAUUGUUAUCUUUGGAAAACUAACACCGAUUUGUGGACUUUUCUUUUCUACCUCUAGCACUUUUAUUUGUGUGAAUGUUUCAUAUUGACUUUACUUCACUGCAAUAAAUCCCCUUUGUUGUU